AUGGCGACCUUUUCCGGCAGCCUCGACGUCCGACCGUUCCAGGUCUCCGUCUCAGACGAAGCAAUUUCCGAUUUCAAGCAGUUGUUAAGCUUAUCCAAAAUCGGCCCUGCCACAUUUGAGAAUGCUACAAAACCGAGCCAGACGUAUGGGCUCUCACGAGCCUGGGUAGAGAACGCGCGAGAGACAUGGCUGUCCAAAUACGAUUGGCGCAAGACUGAAGCCCGGAUCAACUCGUUUGAGAACUUCAAGGCCACGGUCGCCGGCGCAGAUGGGGACGAAGUUGAUAUGCAUUUCAUCGCACUGCGUUCCACGAAGGCGAAUGCGAUCCCCGUGGUGUUGCUCCAUGGAUGGCCGGGAAGUCCACUGGAGUUCCUGGGUGUGCUCGAGGCCGCUCGUGCCAAGUACGAUGCAAGCGAUUUCCCUUAUACGUUCUUGGUCCCCUCGCUGCCGGGCUAUGGCUUCACUACUGGACCAUCGCUGCAGAAGGAAUCAAACUGCGAAUCCAUGGCUGAAUUAGUCAACGCUCUCAUGGUUGGGCUUGGGUUCGGUGGCGGCUACGUAGCCCAAGGCGGAGACAUUGGAAGUUUUGUUGCCCGGAUUCUGGGUGCUACAUAUGAGGGGUGCAAAGCGGUGCACAUCAAUUUUGCAUUGAUGCCCCCUCCUGAAGGUGUUUCCCCCGAUAAGAUCCAUCCGCUUGAGCUGCAAGGCCUGGAGCGCGCAGGUGGAUUUGGGGCGCAAGGCGAUGCUUACGCUCGAGAGCACGGACAGCGACCUGCGACAAUAGGUCUACUUCUUUCGACAUCGCCACUGGCGUUGCUCAUCUGGAUCGGAGAAAAGUUCUUAGAAUGGGUAGAUGAGCCUCUCAGCUUGAACGACAUUCUGGACAGCGUCUCUCUAUACUGGUUCACGGAAACAUUUCCUCGAGCCAUCUAUCCCUACCGCCAAUUCUUUGGCCCGACUCCCGAAGCCAUUCCUCUCAAACACCAUGUCUCUAAGCCUCUAGGCUAUUCGUGGUUUCCGAAAGAGAUUGCGCCCAUUCCAAAAGCAUGGGUGGCCACUACGGGCAAUCUGGUUUGGCACAAGCAGCACACGAAAGGAGGGCAUUUUGCGGCUAUGGAAGGGCCACAAGUCUUGUUACAAGACAUUGAAGAAUUUAUAAGCGCUGUCUGGAAGUAG